CACAAUCUUCAAUAUUACAGCUCAUGCGAGGCGGAACUUCCUACAUGCUCUCUGUUGGUUCUUACCUCUUCCACGAGUGCUACCUCUGCUUAUAAUCUUUUCCAAACUAUGAAGUGAUGCUGGUCCGUCAUCUAUAGUCAAGCUUAUCGGGAAUGAUUGAACUAGGCCUCAGCCGUAUAAGCCGCCUCCUCCAGCAGACGCCUCUGUCCUGGAAGGCUAUUCACAUCGCGGGGACGAAUGGCAAAGGCUCUAUCAGUGCCUAUCUGUCGCACCUUCUGACUGCCGACGGCAUCUGCUGUGGUCGGUUCACUUCCCCUCAUCUGAUUGACCGAUGGGAUUGCAUCACUAUCGGCGAGAGCGUGGUCCAGGAGUCGCUGUUCCGCCAUAUAGAAGCGCAGGUCAAGCUGCGCGAUCAGACGCUGGGGAUCGGAGCGAGCGAGUUUGAGCUGUUGACGGCUACUGCCUUUGAGAUCUUCAAUCAUGAGCGCGUGGAGAUCGGGGUGGUCGAGGUCGGUAUGGGCGGCCGGCUGGAUGCCACUAACAUCCUGAACAACGUUCUGGUGUCAGUUAUUGCCAAGAUUGGCCUGGAUCAUCAGGCUUUGCUGGGAAACACCAUUGAAGAGAUCACCCGCGAGAAGGCGGGUAUCCUAAAGCCCGGAGUCCCGUGUGUGGUCGACGGGACCAACUCGCCUGAAGUACUUUCGACGCUUGACGCUCGAGUCAAAGAGCUCGGUCUGAAUGCGACAUACACCAAUCCGAACGCUCCCGGUGACUUGUCACCGUCUCUCGGCGGGGUUUUCAGAGACCUCGAUCUACUGCCUCACCAGCGGGCGAACAUGUGCGGUGCCGUAUCAGCUCUGAAACUUGCCGUUCCUCGAGUCCGACCUGGGUCCGAUGUGGAUAGCCUCAUCCCGCAACUAUCCAACGUCGAAUGGCCUGGACGGCUGCAAAAGAUCGUUCUCAACCCUUUGAUCACGCGCACAGAACCCGUCUUACUGGAUGGCGCCCACAAUGCGCAGUCGGCGGAGGUCCUCGGGCAGUUCGUGGAACAAAAGCUUCGUUCGCAAGGGAAAAGCGUCACAUGGGUCAUUGCAGCAUCGCGGGGGAAGGACGUGACAUCUCUCUUCCACUCGUUCAUCAAACCGGGCGAUCAGGUCGCUACUACGACGUUUGGCCCUGUCGACGGCAUGCCCUGGGUCAAGGCAGCCGAGACCGAAGAAUUGGCGACUUGCGUACGAUCGAUACCUGAGAUCGGGGAAGUCAAGUCAUUCGGAGAUGAUACUCUGGGCGCCCUCAACUGGGCUUCUGGCAAGGCUGGUGGAGGCAGCAUGGCCAUUGCAGGUAGUCUUUACCUUGUGUCAGACAUACUGCGCCUACUUCGGGGUGCACAGAAGGACCGACUAUGAAACAAUGCUGGCAAUUUGUCUUCUUUAUGCGAUACCCCUCUCCUUACCAGCCAUAUGUGGGAUUAUUUGUAAAAUAGAUAUCUUUUGUUAAAGCAAAUCGCAU